AUGGCUGCAAUCUUCGAACACUCCGAACCCGUUCAAUUGAGGCCGAAGCCUGGGUUUGUGGUGAAAACCAAGAUUUUGGAAGGUCUGGGCGACCACACAUUUGGCAAGAAAGUCUUCAUCAACGUGUGCCAUGAUGACCAGGUGCCCAAACCAGCUGGAGAGUUUGAGGUGGAGGCGAUAUUCGCCAAAAUCGUGAAGAACGAAUGGGAAAUCCCAAUCGUGGUGUCAUUGGAAAAGACCGCGGUCGACAAAAAGGGCGUGCCGUCAUAUGUGUAUGACUGCUGUAUCAAUUCUCAGUGUUUCCUAUGGAUUCAGCUUAACAAUGAUCUUCGCCUAAUAUUAAUUGAGUGGGCCAUCGAGUCCGUCGAAACCAUGCACGAUUUGGUGUUGGAAAGAGAGUAUUCGAUUCCGAAAAUGUUGAGCAAGGGCGAGUUGAGCGAAACAGAAAUCACGCAAGACGACUUGAAAAACGGGCUUCAGAACAGGUUGCGCGAGUUGCGCGACAACGAAACGGCCGCGUUGGUCCAGCAGCUCAUGCCGGACGAUGUAGAGAGCUCGGAAUCGCUCCCAGACUUGAUGAAUAUUGGUGGCGGAAAGAAGGCGUUGAUUGAAGAGAUCGAGGAACUAUCAAUCGAGGAAAAGAAAGCCAAGAGAACCGAAACCGCAGAGAAAAAGCCUGAGGCUACUCUGGAAUCGUCCAUCCGUCUUACUCGUCAUGACAGUGACGAGCUCAUGCAAGUGCACACGACCACCUUUACAGAAACUACAAAAAGGCUUUCGGAUGGCGACAAGGGUGAUUUCAAGAUUAUUAGUGAACCAAAAGGAGAAAUGCCACAAACAAACGGUUCCCUGCUGAAUACAGUAGAGGACUACACAUUCACUCUUUCGCAGAAGAUCGAUAGAGACAACUUCCACCUAAUUUUCCAUUCCCCCCAACUCACGUCUCUUCUAGAAGUGUCCUACAGUCAAACCUCGCACACUCUCCGCAUAAACAAUCUCGAUACUACACGGCGCUUGGGCAAGCUGGACAUGGUUGACUUUCCAUUACCUCCCAAUGUCCAGCCUGAAAGGGCAUUUGCGGUGCUACCUGAGAACAAACUCUACGUGUUUGGAAAAGUGAGAACAGUGUAA